CUGGCACAGCCCUCAAUGGGCUUUCCCUCCCCCAGGAACAAAGUCUUGAGGCUCUCCGGGGGGCUGGAGGUUCCGGGGGCCCUCAACUGGGAGGUGACCCUGUGUCUGCUGGCCUGCUGGGUGCUGGUCUACUUCUGUGUCUGGAAGGGGGUCAAGUCAACAGGAAAGGUCGUGUAUUUCACCGCUACAUUCCCCUACGUGGUCCUUGUCGUGCUGCUGGUGCGUGGGGUGCUGCUGCCUGGAGCCUUGGACGGCAUCAUCUACUAUCUCAAGCCUGACUGGUCGAAGCUGGCGUCCCCUCAGGUAUGGAUAGAUGCCGGGACCCAGAUUUUCUUUUCUUACGCCAUUGGCCUGGGGGCCCUCACGGCCCUGGGCAGCUACAAUCGCUUCAACAACAACUGCUACAAGGAUGCCAUCAUCCUCGCACUCAUCAACAGCGGGACCAGCUUCUUUGCUGGCUUCGUGGUCUUCUCCAUCCUGGGCUUCAUGGCCACAGAGCAGGGCGUGCAUAUCUCCAAGGUGGCGGAAUCAGGGCCUGGCCUGGCUUUCAUCGCCUAUCCCCGGGCCGUCACGCUGAUGCCUGUGGCCCCGCUCUGGGCUGCCCUGUUCUUCUUCAUGCUGCUGCUGCUCGGCCUCGACAGCCAGUUUGUAGGUGUGGAAGGCUUCAUCACCGGCCUGCUGGACCUCCUCCCGGCCUCCUACUACUUCCGUUUCCAAAGAGAGAUCUCCGUGGCCCUCUGCUGCGCCCUCUGCUUUGUCAUUGACCUCUCCAUGGUGACCGAUGGCGGGAUGUAUGUCUUCCAGCUGUUUGACUACUACUCAGCCAGCGGCACCACCCUGCUCUGGCAGGCCUUCUGGGAGUGCGUGGUGAUCGCCUGGGUGUACGGAGCCGACCGCUUCAUGGACGACGUGGCCUGCAUGAUCGGGUACCGACCUUGCCCCUGGAUGAAAUGGUGCUGGUCUUUCUUCACCCCGCUGGUGUGCAUGGGCAUCUUCAUCUUCAACACGGUGUACUACAAGCCGCUGGUCUACAACAACACCUACGUGUACCCAUGGUGGGGCGAGGCCGUGGGCUGGGGCUUCGCGCUCUCCUCCAUGCUGUGUGUGCCCCUCCACCUCCUGGGCUGCCUCCUCAAGGCCAAGGGGACCGUGGCUGAGCGCUGGCAGCACCUGACACAGCCCGUAUGGGGUCUCCACCACUUGGAGUACAGAGCUCAGGACUCGGAUGUCAGGGGCCUGACCACCCUGACCCCAGUGUCUGAGAGCAGCAAGGUGGUGGUGGUGGAGAGCGUCAUGUGACAGGUGCCCCGGCUCACAUCACCAGCUCACCCUCUCAUAGCCAUAGCAGCCCCUGCUCUAGCCCCCCACCCCCCCAGGGGGCUUGCCUUUCCCUGCCACCUACGGGGUCUGCCGGGGGGGGGGAGGGGAGGAAGCACCAGAGUGCUUAUAACUAAAAUAACUUUUUCCAUUUUUAAUAAAAUGCCAAAAAUAUCACAACCCACCAAAAAUAGAUGCCUCCCCCACCCCCCUUAACCAAGCUGGUGCACACGCUGCUUCUUCCCAGGCCCUGCCACCCGCCCUCCAGUGCCCGCUACAGUCACGUCUCACCUGACCCCACCAGGCCCUGCCUGCCUCUCUCCAGGCUCUGCCCAGCACACCCUUGGGUGGCCCCUCACCCCAGGGGCAGCAGUGGCAGCUCGGGAAACAGGGGGACUGGAGAGCGGAGGGGGCAGGUGAGGGAGGGGCAGCAGAACCAAGGCGAAUGAAUAUUUCAGCUGGGCUAGACCCCUCUCCCCAUCCCUACUCUAGAAGCUUAGAGAGCCAGCCAGCAAGGGAACCUUCAGUUCCUGAGCCAAUUGCCACCAAUAUCAGUUGUGUGAGCUUGAGUGCAUGUGUGCGUGAGUUCAUAGGGUAUAGACAUAGAUCUCUAUUUCUCAGCCAAGGUGAAUACCAGGUGUAAAUCGUGCCUGUGGGCAAAUGAGGCUUGUAUUUUGCACAUUUUAUAAAAACUUGAGAUUUCUGCUUGUAUAUUUCUAAGAGAAACACCCCAACGUCCCUCUCCUUGCCGCGCCCCAUCCCUUUCAGCCCCUCUUACACCUCUGCCCCAGCCAAGGAGUGUGAAUUUAUAGAUCUCAUUUUCAUAGGCAAAACAGAAGCUUCAAGCUGUCGAGUGUGUGAGUCUGUCGUGUGGGUAUGCACGUGUAGUCCCUGGCCCCAGACUGGGGUGGAAAAGUGCAUGGCGGGGACCUCAGUGGGUGUCCGCACACUCCCCGCUCUGCCCACAGGUCGGCAGGGUGAGCCGACGCAGGGCUCUGCAGGGGGAUCCGGACCUGGGGCCGCCCACCCGGCAUGCUCAGGCUGGCCCACACCCUGCGCCCUGGGCCGGGCGCCCCCGCGGCAGGGAUCUGAGGUGGGCCUCCGUCCCCCGCCCCAGGGAUCCUGCGCGCGGCUCCCACCUGCGAGCUUAAGGCUGACGCGCUUUCCACGUCUCAAGUCCUCCGCGUAGCAGCUUCACUUAACCCACGUCUGUGUCACGUCCGAUCCCGAGACAGCCGAGGGGGCCCUAGAAAGGCUUCCCUCACACCCUGACGUGGGCUGGAGGGGUGGGGGGCGGGUGAGGGCGGCGGUCCAGCGGGGACACCCUUACUGUGCUCAAAAGCCGCUGCAAACAUAGCAAUAAAAACAUGUC